UCUCCGCCUCCCAGCGGGAGGGAGCUCCGAGCGGGGCUGUGACAGCCCUCGAGCCCCCGCGGUCAGGACGCGGCCGGCGGGGGAAGGCGGCCCCAGUGGUCCAGCUCUGCCGCGGGGCCGUUCGCAGCCGCAGGAUGGAGAGCGCCGGGGCCCGCCGUGCCUCUGGAGGAAGCCGCAAUCCUGACGUUGUCUGCGAAAAACACUUGUUUAAAGGCAAACUGCCAGAGCCCCUCUUUCAGCUGGCAUGCAGUCACCACCUCUGUGCUUUCCCUGUGAAUCUCAAUGAAUUAUGCGUCUGGAACACAGCCACUGCUCAGCCAUUAUAUUUGUCGGGGCAUCAUUACUCAAUUUCUGCAGUGUCAUUUGGAAGUAAAAUCGAUCCACUUCUUGUCUGCUCUGCCUCACAUGAACGUGUGAUAGUGUGGAAUCUUGAUGAAUGUACACAGAAAGUGCAAGAAGGGUUUACACCUCGAGGAAUUGUUAUAGGAACUCUUUUGGGAAUGGUGCUUCAUGUAAGAUUUAGCCCAGAUGAUCAACAAGUGGCAGUAUGUGCUGGAAAUCAGAUCUACAUGUUAAGUGCAAAGAAUGAAGCUAUACUAGCUGAAUUGGACGCCCACUUGGCUCCGGUAACUGCUGCUGAAUUUUGCACAUGGGAGAAAAAUAUGCUCAUAUCAGUGUCAGAAGACAGAACCUUUAAGGUGUGGGACUAUUCUACCAGCCAGUUAAUAUAUCAGUCAGGAAUAAUAACAGCAUUUCCUUUGCUAAGUCUGCUAAUUGAUGAAGAAAGCAAACAGAUUAUCACUGGAUGUGCUGAGGGACAGCUUUGGAUCUUCAGUUUAAUCAGUGAUCGUAAUUACCGUUGCAUAGCACAUAUCGACUUAAAGAAAGAACAAGAGAAAUUCUGUAAUAAAAAGUGGAAAUCUGGCAAAGAAAUAGGUGAUGGGCAAAAUAAUUCCAAGCUUUGCAAAACAGACAAUAAAACGAGACCAGAAGGAUCAGUGGAAACAUCGUUUCCUAUCCUCUUAAUUGAACAUUGUGACUUUUUUGUAUGUUUCCAUAAUGAAGAAAACACAUAUUCUUCCCUGAAUACUAGCUAUUUUUGGAUAGGAACCUCUACUGGCUUGUUAAUAAUUAAUUUGGCAAACUUUGAAUUAGAAGCUUUUUUAUCUUACAGAGAUUACAGUGACCUCAGCAUUCGGAUUGCCAGAUCAUGUGCCUUAACAAGGAAGGCAGCUGAUCAAAAGGCUUUAUGUUUGAUCACCUCGAUGUUUGAAGAUAUGAUUGCUGUGUUGGAAGUUAACCUUGCUGCAUUGGUGAGAACUCAGCACAGUGAUUUUGUCCCAUGUGGAAAUGAGAAAAGUCUAUCAGUUUUUGCCAGGUGUACUUUAUUGGCAAAUUCUCCAUUGUGUAAAGGUUUAAAGAAAAACAUGAAAGAACCUUCUAGUAAAAUACCUGGAGUGAAGGGCACAAUGAAAGAUAAACCAUUGGUUUUCCAUAAUAAAAUUAAGUCAUCAGGAUAUACAGCAGCACCACGAAUGACCAUGUUUUCUCCAAAUACUAACCUGAAAAAAAAAGAGGUAUCAAAGUGGAAGAUCACUUGUAAAUGUAAAAAUAAAGAAUAUCCAUUGGAAAGUUAUCCUCCAAUCAAAUAUAAGAAAGAGAUAUCUCUUACUUGUAAACCAACCCCAAUUUUUUGUAUUCAAUAUUCUGGGGAUGGAGAGCUGCUGGCUUGUGGCCUGGCUGACAAAACUGUGCUGAUAUUCAAUUCCAAUCUCACUGAUGUGCAUAAUGUUUUUUCAGGUCAUGAUGGUGCAGUUAACUCUGUUGGCUGGAGUCAUGACAAGAAGUGGUUAGUUUCUGCAUCAGAAGACCGAACUUUAAGGGUCUGGUCAGUCUGCAAUAAGGAGCCUGCCCUAAUUCUGGGUAAAGAGAACUUCCAUAAGAAUGUACGCUUUGCACAGUUUUACUUUAUAGAUACAUUUAUAUUGCUGUGUUGUGGAGCUGAAUUUCAUCUAUUAAGUUUCCAUCUAGACACAACCAAGGAUGACCUAAAACGAUACAAACAGAGGAGUGUUUGCAAAUUGGUACAGAAAUUUCCCAUGACAUCAACAAUGGAGAUUACCAGCCUUUCAGCAGUAAAUGAGUUCUAUUCUUAUAUUGUACUUACAGCUGGCAGCAACAGAGCAUUGGAAGUUUUUGACCUCAAUGCAGGCUGCAGCACAGCAGUGAUACCGGAAGCUCAUGUUAGAUCAGUCCAUCAGAUCUGCCAAAAUAAGGGAUCGUCCUUCAGCACUCAGCAACCUGAAGCUUACAACCUUUUCAUGACCACAGCUGCAGGUGAUGGCAUCAAACUGUGGGAUUUAAGAACACUGAGGUGUGAGCGUCGUUUUGAAGGGCACAGUAGCCGCUGCCAUCCAUGUGGAAUUGCAGUGUCUCCCUGUGGACGCUUCAUAGCCAGUGGAUCAGAUGACAAAUAUGCUUACAUAUAUGAAAUGCGUUCAAGCACUUUUUUACAUAAACUGGGGAGACACACAGAAUCUGUCAUCAAUGUCAGCUUUAGUCCUUCAUCUCCACAGCUCACCACAGCCACCUUGGAUGGCAAACUCCGAUUGUUCCUACCCUGACACUUCCCAGCCUGGGGAGCUUUGGUCGUAUUACUCUGAGAAUAACGACUUGCUGAGAGAAAGGAGACUGGUAACUAGCCAUAAGCAAGUGGCAUAAUAUUCCCUUUUAAACCACAGUUUUCUUCUGAGUUUAUUUUCUGGAAGUUCCUCAAGCUGUUCUCAAAAUUUCUCUGUUGUACAAUCUGUUACCUUUAUUGCAAAAAUACAGGCAACAGAUCAAGAAAAGAAGGAGACUGCUCAAUCUGACUUCAUUCUUGCAAAUCACCUCAGAAGUGGCUUUCAAAGGACUUCUUGGGUGUUUAUAGUUAGAUGCAUUCUGUAGUGCUUUUCUAGACUGGGACCACUUUAGUCUAGACUGAAAAUACAAGGAAAAUAACAAGUGUUCCAUUUUUAAACUUGAUCUGUUCGUGACAAAUUUUUAAAUUAUUCUGAAAGAAAGAAGGAUUGUAUGUCUCUCUGAAAUGCCAUGAGAGUCCUUCUGUUAUACUUCUUUGGGCUUACUGGAGUCAGCACGGAUGUUUGAAGGCAGAAUUUUUUUGGUUUACUAUUCAUACUACAUUCUGUGAAUUUCUUAGGGAAUAUGUGACAAAUGUAUUCUCUUCAAAAGAAAUGAUAUCUGUCUUUUAAAUAACUGUUAAAUAGUUUCAAAAAUGUUAAAGUAAUG